AGCAUAGGAAGCUUGAGUCCAGUUCACGCUACUUUGCCGUCGCCCUCUGCCAUUCUUUUGCUAUAAAGAACACUUCCCUUUCCCCCACUCUCAUGCAACCCGGAACUUCAGUCUCCUCCAUUAAUGGCGAGGCAUAGGAGGACCUGUGAAGCUUGAGGUCGAGGAGGAAAUGGAGACUAAAAGGCCGAUUAGUUUCAUCAGAAAUGGAAUAGUGAGGCUGCCUCCCGGCUUCAGGUUCCACCCUACUGAUGAGGAACUGGUGGUGCAGUACCUCAAAAGGAAGGCCUUUUCCUGCCCAUUGCCUGCCGCAGUCAUUCCCGAGAUCAAUCUCUGCAACUUCGAUCCCUGGGAUUUGCCAGGUGAGGGCGAAGGAGAGAGAUACUUUUUCAAUCUGGUAGAUAGAUCCGCCUUCCACCGCAGCAUUAGAGCUACAGGCUCCGGGUACUGGAAGGCCGCCGGAAAGCCGAAGCCGGUGGUGGCGACGGCGAGCAGAGAGCUGGUGGGGAUGAAGAGGGUGCUCGUUUUCCACAAGGGAAAACCACUGCGUGGCUCGGCGACCGAUUGGGUCAUGCACGAGUACUGCCUCCCUUCGAAUCUCGCACAGAGAUCGAAUUCAAUCCGCUGUUUCGUGGAGCAGAGCAAAGAUUGGGUGGUCUGCCGCAUAUUUGAGAGGAGGACAGAUGAAGUAGCAGAGAAUAGAAGAAGGAGGAAAAGAAGGUUCGGCAAUGGCAGAGUCGAGCUCGAUCCUUCCUGUUCUUCUUCCUCAAGCUGCCUGACUGAUCUCGAGGAGGAGGAGGAAGAAGAAGGCGAUGAAGGCAGCAGCAAAGCGAUCGAUUCGCCUGAUCAUGUUUAAAUCUUGUCUUAAGAGUUCUAUAACGUUAAAUCUGGAGGUAGUGAGUGAUCUCUGCACCAUGUUGGUUGCCUCCUCUACUGCCUUGUUCUUGCUGGUUUAGUUUUAUCAAUCAAGAAAGCGAUCGAACGUUCGUUUCCAAAGAAA